CUCUAUCAAAUUAGGAUUCUAAGUGGGAUAUGCCUCUCAGAGAAGGCUCUUUCAACCUCAUCACUUUUUAAACUUCCCUGAAUAACUCAAACCACAUUCAAGCCUCUUCUAUAUAUAAGUUUCUGGGUAUUAAUCUUUCAUAGUCGUUCCCUUUUUUACUAUCUUAAGAGGGAUCCUCAUAAUUUGUUUAGCUUCAGCUCGCUUGGUUCCCUGUUUGUUUGUUUGUUUUAGAGUAAAAUUUGAGUGAUGGGAUCAUCAGCUUGGGUGGAUACUACGCUGGACCUCAACAUCAAUCCUUUCCAUCACCGGAACAAAGCUCUGAGGACCAAAUCUGAGGGAGAAAUGGCUGACUCUGAUGUGAAGCUACCCUUCAAACAAGAGCAGAAUGCAGAUUUGGUGGAGGAAUUGAAUCGGAUUAAAGCUGAGAACAAGAAGCUAACUGAGAUGUUAACAGCUUUGGGUCACUGCUACAACGAUUUGCAGAACAAGUUCACGGAAUUAGUGACCAUUAACUCUGAAAAUGAAGUUUCGACAUCGAAAAAGAGAAAAGCCGAGUGUGAAGAUUAUAGUACCAACAUGAUUGGAUUCAGUAAUGGAAACAAAGAGACCAGCUGUAGUGAUGAAGAUUCAUGUAAAGUGCCUAGGGAGUGCAUUAAGACCACCAUUUCAAGGAUUUAUGUUCGCACAAAUCCUUCUGAUAACAGCCUGAUUGUAAGGGAUGGAUAUCAAUGGAGAAAAUAUGGUCAAAAGGUCACCAAAGAUAACCCUUCUCCCAGAGCAUACUUCAAAUGCUCUUUUGCCCCAAACUGUCCAGUCAAGAAAAAGGUGCAAAGAAGUGCUGAAGAUCCAUCAGUCCUGGUGGCUACUUACGAAGGAGAGCACAACCAUGCACACCCUUCUCCAAGUGAAGUAGCAAUAUUAAGCCCCAAGUGUAGUGCCAAGCCUGUUUCUUGUGCCUCGACCAGGGCUUCAGCUCCCACUACAACUCUUGAAUUGAUGCAACCAGAGGGGUAUGGGGACGGUGCCAAAAAGAAAACCCAAGAGGUUGAUGAUGCACCAGCAGCAAUUCAACAGGUUUUAGUCCAACAUAUGGCGGCUUCUUUGACUCGAAACCCAAAUUUUACAGCAGCCCUGGCUGCAGCCAUUUCAGGGAGAGUUAUAUAGAUGAGAUGAGAAUAGGAUAGAAAAGUGGGGAAACGUAGCAUCAUCCUUAAUUAGGCAGAAAUUUAUAGAGAAUGGAUUUAAAUGCAGUCUUCACUGUUGAUAUUCACUGCAUGUUGGACUGCAUUUUAAAUCCCUGAUUCAUAGUUAUGUAUUUGUUGUUUAUGUUGAAAAAAAAAAGAUAAGAGACUCAAUUGCUCCCCUUCA